AUGUCGGCCACUGUAGCAGCGCUUUUGACGCUCAUGUGUUGGUCCACAUCCAGCCGGAUUAAGCUUCCGCCGGUUCGGACAAGUAUGAAUAUUGGUCAAGGUUUCUUUAUUUCUGCACUGAUGGUUGCUCCUGUGACCAAUUGGAUUGUUCAUGGGAAGCAAACUAGAUUGGUGUCGAAUAUUGCUUUUGUUGUGCUUGUUUCUAUGGUGAUGAUUAGUGGGUUAGCUAAUGGACUGAAACAAGCACAACAAAAGCAAUAUUCGACACCAUCCCUGUUUGCUUCCCAUGAACAAUCCAAUCGGUUAAAGGUGCACCCUGGUUCGGUUCGGCUCGGCUACAGCCCUAGUUCCACCACUGUUGGGGCUACCGGAGAACUUCCCGGACGGUACAUGCUGGCUGUUUUCGCCGGAAAUGCGACUGCUGGUUUGGUGGUUUCGAUAUUAAGAAUUGUAACAAAGGCGUCACUUCCGUACACACAACAAGGUCUCCGAACAAGCACACAAAUCUACUUCGUGAUCAGUGCACUCAUCAUACUGUUAUGCAUCAUCUGCACCAACGUUUUACACAAAUUACCUAUUAUUCGGUACUACCGGAACCUGAACCGGGAACACAAUAAUAACAGCCAUAUGUCAACCUCGUCGAAUUUCUUGCAUGUUGUGAAGAAGAUCCGGUGGCUGGUAACCGCAGUGUUUGAAACCUACGUGGUUUCCUUGUCGAUUUUCCCAGGUUAUUUGAGCGAAAACGUUAGAUCUGACUACUUUAAGGAUUGGUAUCCUAUAAUCCUGAUUACAACUUUUAAUGUUGGUGAUUUUUUGGGCAAGUGUUUGACCGCGAUUUAUGUGCCAAAUGGGAGUAAGGGGACCGUGUGGUGUUGUCUGGGUAGCGUACUGUUUUAUCCACUUUUUUUGGGGUGUAAACAUGGACCCAGAUGGAUGCAUAGUGAGGUUCCAGUUGUUGUUUUGACCUUGAUGCUUGGUGUGAGCAAUGGGUACCUCACCAGUGUGCUGAUGAUCCUGGCACCAAAGUCGGUUCCAAUCGAGGAAGCAGAGGUGGUUGGGAUCGCUAUGGAGACGAGUUUGGUUAUUGGAUUAGUGGUGGGUUCGGCUUUUGGUUGGCUGUGGAACUUUGAGCACUGA